AUGAGUAUAGCUGCAUAUGCGUAUGAAGCUGACAGAGCUAAACGUUUAUAUUUUGGUCAAUACUCUCUCACACUUACUGACAAAUAUAUUGUUAUUUCUGAUGGAAAUACUGAGAAAUACAUAACAUGGAAGGACUAUGAAAAGUUUGACCCUAUUUUAACUCCAUGUGCAAUGCCUUUUAUUAAGGACGGUGAAAUUAUUGAAAAAGAUAAUACAACCGUAUAUAGGUCUGUUUAUGAAGCAUUAGAAUAUAUGUUGAAUCAUAACCCAAAAAGAUUUGACCCAAGCACUACACCAUGUGCAAUGCCUUUUAUUAAGGACGGUGAAAUCGUAAGAGUUCCGGAUUCAACGGUUUACACAGCUGUUCAAAACAGUUUACAAAACAUUUUAGCGAAUAUCUUUAAUUCAGAAACUACAGAAAUAAAAUUACCGUAUAUAACAGAUGCUAAAGAAAUUAAAUCAAAAACGACAACAUUAUUUACGUCACUUAAUGAUUUAAUGACUUAUAUCAUUAAUAUUCCUGCACCAACUACAGCAUUUGAUCCAAACUCGACGGUUUGCAGUUAG